AUGACAAAGGAACAUCAAGAAUCUCCUAAUGCAACAAGGGAAAGUGUUGAUCCUCCUUUAAAAUUUGCAAUAUUCAUGAAAUCACAUGAAUUCUCUCCUAAGUCCCCCAUAUCUCCAAAGAUUAAAGACAUAUUAUUGGAAUCGGCCAAAGAAAGUCCGACAAAAGGUGUGUUUGAUGGAAAAGGAAAAUGUGGAGGAAUAUCAAAUACAAAGAAUAAUUAUGACUAUGGCUAUAAUGGAUUCAACUACAAAAAUUAUGAGGAAUUUGAGUUAUUAACUCCAAGAACAAGAAGCAUAGAAAUGGACGAGUAUAGGAAAAAAUCAGUUGUAAUUGUGGAAGAGUACUUUGCAAAUGAUGAUGUUGUUUCAACAGCAAAUGAAUUAAGAGAGCUCGGGAUGCCAAAUUAUGAUUACUGUUUUGUUAAGAAACUUGUCUCGAUGGCCAUGGAUAGACACAACAAGGAGAAAGAGAUGGCUGCAGUGUUACUAUCUUCUCUCUACGCCGAUGUGAUAUGCCCUUCACAAGUUUAUAAAGGCUUUUCAAAACUGGUUGAAUGUGUUGAUGAUUUAGUUGUGGAUAUACCAAAUGUCGUUGAUACAUUAGCUCUAUUUAUUGCAAGAGCUAUUAUAGAUGAUAUUCUACCCCCUAUAUUUUUAACUAAGAAAAUGAUUAUUUUACCAAAGGAUUCCAAGGGAGUUGAAGUUAUAAGGAGGACCCAAAAGGGUUAUUUAUCGAUCCCAUAUCAUACAGAGAUAAUCGAAAAAAGAUGGGGUGGAAGCAAGAAUAAGACAGUUGAAGAUGUCAAAGCAAAUAUUACUACUUUGUUGACAGAAUUUGUUGUUAGUGGUGAUAAGAAAGAGGCUUGUAUGUGUAUAAAAGAGCUUAAUGUUCCAUAUUUUCAUCACGAAAUAAUGAAGCGUGCAUUGAUACUUGCAAUGGAGAGACAAAAAGCUGAAGGUAAGAUCUUAGAGCUAUUAAGAAUGGUAGCAAAAGAAGGACUGAUAAAUUCAAGUCAGAUAAAUAAAGGAUUUAAUCGAGUGAUUGAAACCAUAGAUGAUUUAUCACUUGAUAUACCGAAUGCUAGACAGAUUCUUCAUUCCUUAAUUUCAAAAUGUGCUUCUGAAGGAUGGCUAUCAGUUUCUUCCUUAAAGUACUUAUCAGUAGAGCCGAAGAAAAGGCCACUUGAGGAGGGUGUAGCGAAAUCUUUUAAGAUGAAGGCUCAAGCCAUCAUUCAAGAGUACUUCUUAUCACGGGAUACAAUAGAAGUAUACAACUGCCUAGACUCAGAGAAUUCUACAUCAUCUUCUGAGCUGAAUGUUGUAUUUGUGAAGAGAUUGAUCAAUCUAGCAAUGGACCGUAAGAAUAAGGAAAAAGAAAUGGCGUCUGUUCUUCUAUCAUCCUUAAGUUUACCAGCUGAAGACGUUGUAAAUGGAUUUAUAAUGCUAAUAGAAUCAGCUGAUGACACUGCCUUGGAUAAUCCUAUAAUUGUUGAUGAUCUAGUAAAGUUUCUAGCUAGAGCAGUAAUCGAUGAAGUAAUAUCGCCUUCUCAUUUAGAGGACAUAGGUAACCAAUUCAUGGAGUGUGACUCAAAAGGCAAUCAGAUCAUCCAAAUGACUAAAUCACUUUUAAAGGCUCGACUUUCAGGGGAACGUAUUCUAAGGUGUUGGGGUGGUGAAGGAAGUAAAGGAAAUGGGUGGACAGUUGACGAUGUCAAAGACAAGAUAGGAAAACUUUUAGAAGAGUAUGAGUGUGGAGGCGAGCUAACGGAAGCAUUUCGGUGCAUAAAGGAGUUGGGGAUGCCUUUCUUUCAUCAUGAAGUUGUGAAGAAAGCAUUAGUGAUUGUUGUGGAGAAGAAAAAUGAAAGAUUAUGGAAGUUGCUCGAAGAGUGUUUUAAUUCAGGGCUUAUAACAGUGAAUCAAAUGACAAAGGGAUUUAUAAGAUUUGAGGAAUCACUUGAUGAUUUGGCUUUAGAUGUACCAGAAGCUAAGCAACAAUUUUCAUGUUGCGUUUACAAGGCCAAUAAUUUAGAUUGGUUGGACUCUUCAUCUUUUUCUAAUGAACCUAGAGACCUACUUAACGUUGGUAACCAAUCUAAAGAUUGAGUUUUACUUGCACUUCUUGUUCAAUAAUUUAUACAAUUAGUUUUUUUUUUUUUUUUUUUGGGGGGGGGGGGGAAGAUAUGGCAUCAACAUCUCAUCAAUCUUAAGUCAUAACUAAUCAAAUUAAAACCAUUAAGCAUAAGUUCUAUUUUAUUUUUCUUUAUAAAGGGGGAGGGGAGGAAACAUUAGUUUAUGAUUGUUUUUUUUAUAUAAUACUCAGUUCCUUUCAAUAUAAGGGGAGAGAUUCGGUGUGAAUAGAUCUUUAAGUGAUAACCCUAUUAUAUAUGAGAACAAAUCUCAAUCAUUGGAUACAUCAUGAUCUAACUGUUGAGAUUGCUCACAUAGUAAUGGUAGAAAUGUAAUUUAUAUAUUUUUUUGCUCAUUUCGAAUAAUAAUUUUUUGUUCAUUUAUCAAAUGAGCAAACACUUAUUUGCUCAUUAUGAAAUGAGAAACAAUUUUUUGUUCUUUAAUCAAAUGUUUGCGUAAUUUGUUUUGGUUUUUUUUCAUUUAUCAAAUGACCAAUUAAUAUUUGCUCAUUUUGUAAAUGAGCAAUAA